UCAUAGAAUUUUAUUGAGAGAAAAACUUUGCGUGUCUUCAAUCCUUUCCUUUAACAGGCUGUUCAGUCAGAAAGGACUCGGCUGGAUGUAAUUAAAUUUAAUUUCAAUUUUGGAAAUUUUUAUUCCUACUUCAAUUGUGAGGACAUUCUAAAAAACAAAAAUGUCUAGAAGAAAAAAUCAAGAAGAAAGUGACAAACUUACUCGUAUUGCUAUCGUCAAUGCUGAUAAGUGUAAGCCUAAAAGAUGUAGGCAGGAAUGUAAAAAAUCUUGUCCAGUUGUUCGAAUGGGAAAAUUAUGUAUCGAAGUUUUACCUAAUAGUAAAAUAGCGUCAAUUUCGGAAGAGUUGUGCAUUGGUUGCGGUAUAUGUGUUAAAAAAUGUCCAUUUGAAGCUAUUACAAUUAUUAAUCUUCCAAGUAAUUUGGAACGAGACACAACUCAUCGAUAUGGCAAAAAUUCAUUCAAAUUGCAUAGAUUACCUAUCCCUCGACCUGGAGAAGUUUUAGGACUUGUAGGUACCAAUGGAAUUGGCAAAUCCACUGCUUUGAAGAUAUUAGCUGGAAAACAAAAACCUAAUCUUGGGAAGUAUAUGGAACCUCCAGACUGGACAGAGAUUCUGAGUCAUUUUAGGGGUAGUGAACUCCAAAAUUAUUUCACUAAAAUUUUGGAAGAUGAUCUAAAAGCUCUGAUUAAACCACAAUAUGUAGAUCAGAUUCCAAAAGCUGUUAAGGGUACUGUUGGCCAAUUAUUAGCACGAAAAAGUGAAAUGAAUAAUCAGGAACAAAUUUGUCGAAUGUUGGAUUUGUCUCACAUCCAAGAGAGAGAAAUAGCAGCAUUAUCUGGAGGGGAAUUGCAACGUUUUGCAUGUGCAAUGGUGUGCAUCCAAAAUGGGGAUAUUUUCAUGUUUGAUGAACCAUCUUCUUACUUGGAUGUCAAACAACGUUUGAAUGCUGCUUUAACAAUUAGGUCCCUUAUUCAUCCUGAUAAGUUCAUUAUUGUAGUAGAGCACGAUUUGAGUGUCCUCGAUUACUUAUCUGAUUUCAUUUGUUGUCUGUACGGAGUGCCAGGUGCAUAUGGUGUAGUAACUAUGCCUUUUUCAGUAAGGGAAGGUAUUAAUAUUUUCCUUGAUGGUUUUGUACCAACUGAGAACUUAAGAUUCAGAGAUGAAUCAUUGGUAUUUAAAGUUGCUGAAUCUGCAAAUGAAGAAGAGGUUAAACGUAUGAACCAUUAUGAAUAUCCUGCUAUGAAGAAGACCAUGGGAAAUUUUAAAUUAGAGGUCCUCAAGGGUCAGUUUUCAGAUUCCGAAAUUUUAGUUUUGCUUGGUGAAAAUGGUACUGGCAAAACAACUUUCAUCAGGAUGUUGGCUGGUAACCUUGAACCAGAUACUGGCUCAGCUGAUUUGCCACAGCUGCAUAUUAGCUACAAGCCUCAAAAAAUCAGUCCUAAAUCUCAGGGAUUAGUAAGGCAGUUACUUCAUGAGAAAAUCAGAGAUGCUUACGUACAUCCACAGUUCAUUACUGAUGUGAUGAAACCUCUUAAAAUUGAAGAUAUUAUCGACCAAGAAGUUCAGAAUUUAUCAGGAGGAGAAUUGCAAAGAGUUGCAAUGACUCUUUGUUUGGGUAAACCAGCUGAUGUUUAUUUAAUUGACGAACCUAGUGCUUAUUUGGACUCAGAGCAGCGUUUGGUUGCCGCCAAAGUUAUAAAAAGAUUCAUACUUCAUGCUAAGAAAACUGGCUUUGUAGUAGAGCACGAUUUCAUUAUGGCAACCUAUUUGGCAGACAGAGUAAUUGUCUUUGAAGGAAGGCCAUCAGUUGAUACCACUGCCCAUUCCCCACAAACUCUCUUAGCUGGAAUGAAUAAGUUCUUGGAGUUGUUGGGCAUCACUUUCAGAAGGGAUCCUAACAAUUUCCGACCCAGAAUCAAUAAAUUGGAAUCAGUGAAGGAUUGUGAACAAAAACGUUCGGGACAGUAUUUCUUUUUGGAAGAUUAAAUUUCUUUAAUUGUAUGUCCUUGCAUUUAUAUGCGAAUACAUUGAUAAAUAAUCAUAACUAUGGUGCAUUUUUGGUUGUACUCCUUUCCAUUUGUCUUAAUAUAAUAUGGAAGUUGA